AUGGGGACGGGGCUUGUCUCGGAGCCCAGGCCUCAGAGCCGGGGGAGUGGGCCAGGCGGGCGGACGCGCCUCCCCAGGGGCCGGCCCUUCUUCUCUUCUCCUUCCUCCUCUUCUCGCCUCCCCCAACUUCUCCUUCCCUUCCUUCUCCCGACUCACCCGGUCGCGCGCGCAGGGUCCCAGGGGAGCAGAGCGGGCGCGGAGCUCCGCGAGGCUCCACGGGGCUCCGCGGGGAUCCACGGGGAUCCGGACCCGGGAGCCCGGGCUUGGGGCCCGGCCAUCUCUGCGCUCCUGACUCCCCGGGAUGGCCUGAGCCGCCCCGGCCUCCCCUGCCUCCUUCCCCGCGCCCCGCCCCCGGCCCCCCCGACCCUCCCCCGGCCCCAGCCCCGCCCCGCCCCGCCCCGCCCGGCCCCGGCCCCGGCCCGGCCCCGGCUCCCUCCGGAAGGCCCUGCCCGCCCAUGGAUUUCACAUAGCGCCGGCCCCGGCCCCGGCCCGGCUCCGGCCCGCCCGGCCCCGGCCUCGGCCCCGGCUCCGGCCCCGGCCCCCGCCCCCCGGCCGCGCCCCCGGCUCCGGCUCCGGCCCCGGCCCCAGCCCAUGGCGGCCCAGUGCUGCUGCCGCAAGGCGCCGGGGGCCGCGGGGCCCGAGGCUGCUGCGGCUGCGGCCGCUUCUGCUGCGGCGGCGGCUGCGGCCCCGGCGGCCGCCCCGGACGUGGCCUCGGCCGCCAGCUCGCAGCUCUUCCGCCUGCGCCAUCUGCAGCUGGGGCUCGAGCUGCGGCCAGCCGCGCGGGAGCUGGCGGGCUGCCUGGUGCUGGAGCUGUGCGCGCUGCGGCCCGGGCCCCCGGCGCUCGUGCUCGACGUGCACCCCGCCGUGCGCCUCCACUCGGCCGCCUACCGGCCCGCCGCGCCGGGCCAGCCGCCCUGCGCCUUCGCCUUCGCGCCCGACCCGGACCCAGACCCAGAUCCGGAUCCGGAUCCGGACCCGGACCCGGACCCGGACUCGGGGCCGGGCCUGAGCCCCGCGCCCCGCUCCUCCGGCGAGCGCCCGGGCCCCGCGCCCUGCUGCGCCCCGCCCCGCGGCCUGGACCCCGCCGAGCCGCCAGACCCUGCGCUCGGACCCUGCCCCGAUGCGGGCCAGCCGCCCGAUUCUGUGCUCGGACCCUGCCCCGAAGCCGGCCAGCCGCCGGACGCAGCGCUUGGACCUUGCCCCGACGCCGGCCAGCCGCCGGACCCUGCGAUCGGACCCUGCCCCGACGCCGGCCAGCAGCCAGACCCCGAGCCGCCUCCGGCGCCCAGUCUCCCGCCGCCCCUGCCCACUUUCCCGGGCGCGCCGCCGGGGACCUGCCACCCUCUGCUCUUCCGGGUGGAACCCUUCACGGACUAUGGCUCGUCCCUGACCAUCAGCCUCCCCGGCGCGUUGCAGCCCCAUCAGCCCUUCCACAUCGUGCUGCGCUACACCAGCAGCGACGCCCCCGCCGCUCCUGCUGGGGUCCAGGUGCUGAUGAGCGCCACCCAAAGUGCCUACCUGGAGAAGGAGGGUGUGUACCAGUUCCACAUGGAGUAUCCAGUGCCUGCCUACCUUGUGGCACUGGUGGCGGGAGAGCUUGUGCCAGCUGACAUUGGGCCCAGGAGCAGAGUAUGGGCUGAGCCGUGUCUGUUGUCGAUCGCCACAAGCAAAUUGUCUGGGCUGGUGGAACAGUGGCUGAGCAUAGCAGAGAAGCUCUACGGGCCCUACCUGUGGGGCAGGUAUGACAUCGUCUUCCUCCCUCCCUCCUUCCCGAUCGUGGCCAUGGAGAACCCCUGCCUGACCUUCAUCAUCUCCUCCAUCCUGGAGAGUGAUGAGUUCCUCAUCAUUGACAUCAUCCACGAAGUGGCACACAGCUGGUUUGGCAAUGCGGUCACCAACGCCACAUGGGAGGAGAUGUGGCUGAGCGAGGGGCUGGCCACCUAUGCCCAGCGCCGCAUUACCACCGAGACCUAUGGCGCUGCCUUCACGUGCCUGGAGACAGCGUUCCGCCUCGAUGCCCUCCAUCGACAGAUGAAGCUCCUUGGGGAGGACAACCCUGUUAGCAAGCUGCAGGUCAAACUGGAACCAGGGGUGAAUCCCAGCAACCUCAUGAACCUGUUCACCUACGAGAAGGGAUACUGCUUUGUCUACUACCUGUCACAGCUCUGCGGAGACCCCCAGCACUUUGACUCCUUCCUUCGAGCCUAUGUAGAGAAGUACAAGUUCAGCAGUGUGGUUGCCCAAGAUCUUCUGGACUCUUUCCUGAAUUUCUUCCCUGAGCUGAAGGAGCAGAGUGUGGACAGCAAAGCAGGGCUGGAGUUUGAGCGCUGGCUCAAUGCCACAGGGCCUCCGCUGGCUGAGCCAGAUUUAUCACAGGGCUCCAGUCUGACUAGGCCUGUGGAGACCCUCUUCCGGCUGUGGACCGCAGAGCCCCUGGACCAGGCAGCUGCUUCAGCCAGCAGCAUCGACAUCACCAAAUGGAAAACGUUCCAAACUGUUCUCUUCCUGGAUCGUCUUCUGGAUGGGUCCCCACUUCCCCAGGAAGUGGUGAUGAGGCUCUCCAAGUGUUACUCCUCACUGCUGGACUCCAUGAAUGCUGAGAUCCGCAUCCGAUGGCUCCAAAUUGUCGUCCGGAAUGACUACUACCCAGACCUCUACAAAGUUCGGAGGUUCCUGGAGAGCCAGAUGUCCCGUAUGUACACCAUCCCGCUCUAUGAAGAUCUCUGCACCGGUGCCCUCAAGUCCUUCGCCUUGGAGGUUUUCUACCAGACCCAGGGCCGGCUGCACCCCAACCUUCGUAAAACUAUCCAGCAGAUCCUGGCCCAGGGCCUGGCCUCUCCUGCCCCCACAGACACCCCCACCCUGGCCAUUGCCACAGACACACCAGCCCUGUUGCUGGAGGACAAGCCCCCCGAAGCCACAAAUGGUGCCAUCUCUCUCAGGGACGUCAAUGUGUCUGCCUAGCCCCACCCCCUUGUUCUGGGGUGACUCCCCAGGCCCCCAGUGGUAGUCUCUUGGUUUGGGAUUGCUUGGCAGUUCCAGCUACCAAGUUGAAUGUGCCUUCCCAUGCCCAUCCUGGAUGGGGCUCUGGAAAGGGGUCCUGCCCUGCAGUGAGCAUCCUGAAACCCUCCCUGAGCCCAGAGCAGGGGCUUGUGGGCAGGGCUCCCUGAAGGGACUCCUUGGUACUCUGAGAAGUCUGCCCAGCAGCCGUCCAGGGAUGGGCUUUGGUCAAGGGGCAGUUGGCCACUUACCUCAGGGUUCUGGGUUGCUUAGGGGACAGGAGGGAUUCUCUGCCCCUUGGGAAACAAGCAACCUUAUUACCACUUCCUGGGAUGGUAAAAAGCUAGGAGAGUCUCCUGUGAAAGGGCAAGACCACUUGAGCCUUGACCCUCUCAAUCUGCACCCCCCCAGUUUGCACUUGUAGAGUCUGCAGCAGGGGUCUGUCCUCCUGAGAGGUGGGGCCUGAUGAGUGUCUCAUGAUGAGGCUUGGAGGCACAGGAGGUGAGGGCUACCCUUCCCUCCCCUCCCUGCAGGGAUCCCCUGGAGCAGCCUUCAGGCUCGGUUUCUUACUCUGUCUCUCCUCCCCUCCCCUCCUUGACCCUGAUGACCACCACACUGUGCCUUACGUCUGCCCGAGAAGGCGCGGGAUGAGCCUUUUUCUAGAUAUGACCCUCAGUUCCCAGUGACCCCCUGGAGCCCAAACUCCUGUCUCCCUUUCCUCCAUUCCUGAUUCUCCUUUCGGGAUAACUUACAAGCCAGGGUUGGGGGUGGACUUUCUAUGCUGGGGUCAGGCCCAUGGAGAGAUGAGUGGAUGAGAGGCUCCUAGAGUCAAGUCCUUGCAGAGAGACUGCCAGAAGGCAGAGAUGAUCAGCUGACCUUUCUCCACCACCACUCCCACCCCCAUGCCACCCAGGUGAGAUAUGAAGCCAGCAAGGCAGAUUGAGGAGGGUCCCUGAGAGGAGCAGGUGUAAAUGCUCGGUAAAGGGCAGAGGUGGGUGGAGCAGGCUGAGGGGGUGGGAAAGAUGGCGGGCACCUUGCCAGCCAAGGCCGGGGAAUCAUCAUUCUCAGUCAAACAGGAAGAUCUAGCCUGGCUGCCCUGAGGUUGAGGUAGUGUGAGGGUUUAGUGGAGGCUGGGGCCUCUUGCCUCCAGGGCCAGACGAUAGUGACUAAGCAUCCUGCCUUUUAUCUAUCUGCACCUCAGCUUUAGCCCUGUCUGGGGGCCAGACUGAGAUGAAAGCAAUAAGAUGCCCCACCCCAGGAUAGGUCCCCACAGGACUCUUUUCCAGCCAUGCCCCCUCCCCCUCCCCCCACCCCAAUUUGCACCAAUCCUGUGAUGAAUAUUUGACUUCAUUGCCCUGUCUACAGGGAGAUCAUGUCAGGGAGGGGAACGUGCAACUCUGCCUUGCUGUUCGCCAUUGAAUAGAAACUGAUUGGGGAGGUACGUCCCCCCCUAGGGCCCCUGGCCUUACCACUGAGGGGUCUGAAGCCCCAGACACCACUUCUAGGGGCCGUGUCCUGACCAGGAGCGGCCACUGUGAAAGCCAGCCUUGAGCCCUGAAGGAGUACCCGUCCUGCCACCAGCCUAGGAAGGAACCAGUAACAUUGGCAUUAAAGCCUUAUGCUGUUCCCAGUCAUUGUCCAUUCAGACUACACUUUGUGACCUUGUGCUCUCUGUCUCCUAAGCCUGGCCCGUCCUCACCCUCAGUAGUGCGGUUCAGUUCCUCCUGGGGAGCUGAGUGCCUUGGGUGGGGGGGGCAUCCUGGGGUGGGGGACACAGACUGGAUGACACUGUAAAGCUCCUUCUUCCUGUGAUUAACCUGAGUGGAGAGGUUUUGCAUUACUAACCACAGCUUCCUUCCUCACAGGGGACUUUUCUGACAUGACCACUAAGACUGUGCAGCUGCUGCCUUGGGGAGGGGAGUGGGAUGGGCAGGAGGAAUUGGAAGGAUAAGAGAAAGGUAGUACUUGUGCCCUGCUCUAGAGACCAGGCCCCUGGGCACUAGCAGCCUCUUGAUGUCAGGGGGAUGAGUAGGAAAGGCUAAGGUAGGAGAGAUAGGGAUGAGGAGAGCCCAAGCUGGAGUGGUUGGCAUUGGUGCCUGUUGGUGAGGCAUCCUGCCACAGCAGAUGACUCCAGAAUUUAGUUUGAGCUUUUCCCCCUCCGAAUUCCUCUUGUAUUUUCAGCAGGGGCAUAUCCUUUUCCUGACCCUGCUUGCCCAUACAGGAGGCCCUAGGAGUGUGAUAGCCACCUUGGUCCCAGCAUUGACCUUCCAUUCCUGGUCAAACCUUUCAAGGGAGUAGUCUUUGCUGCUCCCUCUCUACUCCAUCAAUUCCUACUAGACUGUAAGCCCCACAAGGGCAGAGAUUGUGUCUUAUCUAAAUUUUGUAUCUCCCACAGAACCUAGUACCAUGCUCUGCACACAGUUGGUGCUUAAUAAAUGUUGAGUUGAACACUUUC